AUGACUUCCGAAACUGAUGUUACCUGGGAUCAAUUGUCAGAUAUUUAUGAGAAAGAAAUAUUUGACUCGUUGACCAGUAAGAGAAUACCAUUCUUGCGAAAAGUUCAACAUCUUUUAGAUAGUAAUAAAAUAACUGAUGAUAAGCAAGAAUUGCUAGACUUAUGUCAAACAUUAUUAAAGACAUAUAACUAUUACCAAGAUGUGAAUUCAAGAAAUGAGUUGUUAAAGACUUUGGAAAAAGUCGUUAUAUUUAAGAAUGAAUUUUUACCGGUUUUUAUUAAAUUUACUUAUGACAUUGCAGUCAGAGAAAAAUCGAUGGCUGUUACAGAUUACUUAACUUUAUUGAGUUGGAUCAAUAAAUUUAGUAUUAUAACUAGUGAUUUAGGAAUCAGUAAACAGGAGUUGAUUGAUAAAGUGGUAUUGAGUCAAGCUUACUUGUUUAAUAAUUGCGUUAACACAAUUCUCAAUGAAAGCAACCAGAGCUUCCAACACAGAAGAAGAAUCAAUGAUUCUGUAUUUUCGUCAACCAAAUAUUCCAUCACACAUACUUUCGUUAAGCUGGAUGGUUCAACUAAGGUAAUCGAUAAUUAUAUUAAUGCACUUACUUCUUCUUCAAAUAAGGUUCCUCCAACUGUUGUGAUUUCUUAUUUGGGGGUUAUCUCGGAUGCGGUUGUCGAUGCACUUCCAACAUAUCCUGGCCUUUUAAAUCAUUUGAAUGAAUCUGGUGGAAAUGUGAAAUCUUCGAUUUUAAAUUACUAUACUAAUCAAGUUUUAUUAAAUAAGAUUCCUCCACACGACUAUGCUUUAAAAUUGUUCGGAAAAUAUAUCGAAUCUACCAUCAAUGAAAAUGAUUUUAAUACUGUAAUUGUGCCAGUAUUGGAUAAAGCAAUUUUAAGAUCAUCGGAAGUUUCGUUUGGAUAUUUAAUUCCAAGACUUAUUGAAUUCUUGAGCAAGGACAUUGAUUUAAGUAAUACUUUAGUUAAUACAAAGCUUUUAACUAACUUUUUGAAUGCAUUUAAGUCCCCAAAAGAGUUAACCAGAAAUGGGGCGUUUACUUCAAUGGAAUUAUUAAUUAAUAAUCACUUUGAAGGGGCUUCAGACGAUAUAUUAGCCAAGUUAAUUGAUGAAUGUUUAAAGUCGUUCAAAAGUACAUCGAAUAAUGAAUCAAAAUAUUUAAUUGUUAAGACUUUAUCAUUGCUUAAAUUCAAAAAUACCGGUAUAUCUUUACAAAUCUUGAAUGGAUUAUUACCGUUAGUCUCAAAAGAUCAAAAUGAAAUUUCAUUGAAUGGUUUAAUUAGUGCUUUCACUAACCAAUAUUUAGACUUAAUUGUCAAUAAUGAAGAAAUUUCAGAUGAGGAUAAUUCUAAGUUCGUCAAUCAAUUCAAACUUGGUCUUAGUGAUAAAAAAAUGCCAUUAAGACGUAUCUGGUUUCUUGAAUUAGGUGCAUAUGUAUAUAAUACCAUGAGAAUCGUUCACAAUGUGAAAUUUUUACAGCUAAUUGAAACUUUAUAUCCAAUUUUCAUUAGCUCAAUUGAAGAAGCCCAGCAAUCUCCUUUGCCAACGAUUACUAAUAAGGGUAUAUCGUGCUCAUAUGUUUUGAUAGCUUUAAGCUCUUUAGUUAAAAAGAGCUUAAAGUUAAUUGAUGAUGAGAAGGUUUUCAUUAACUCUUUACGUAAUACUGAGAAGCCCGCAAUUUUAACAAAUUCGAAAGUUUUCACAAAAUUAACAAAUCUGACUGAAACAAUUUGGUUUUUGAGAGCAUUAAGGGAGGCUUCUGGAUAUAUCAACCUGCUUGAUCAAAACGAUAAGGAUGCAUAUGGACAUGCGUGGAUUUAUAUGGCAAUUUCAGAAAAUAUUCCAUAUGAUUUGAGGCUUCAAUGUUUAAAGUUUAUGGGAGAUUGCUUAAAUGAGAAUGCCGAAGAAUAUAGCAAAUUAAUCAUAAAUUCCAUUUAUUGUGUCUUGAUUGAUGCUGAUAACCAGAAAGACCAAGAAGUGUUUAGCUAUAAUUUCAAAUUUUUAUCACCAGUCUUAUCUGUUAUAACCCAAUCAGAAAAUCACGAUACCUCAAAGGUCAACUUGCAAAAAUUAUUAGUUGCGGCAAAUCAUGAUUUAAUUCCUAUUAGAAAUGAAUGGGUAGGACUUUGUCAAAGAUCAAAUGUUAAUAUAGGUGAUUUAGUUGAGAAUAAUUCCGAGGAAAUAUUUGCAUCUACAUUAGAAUUCCUUAAAAACAAUGCAUUUGCGGGUCUGUUAUACAAGGCAGCUAUUAAGUCAAUGAGUAUGGUUUCUUUUAUUAAGCCAGAAGUUUUUGGUCCAAAAUUAUCUGCUUUGAUGUCAUUCGAUCUUGAUAUUGAUAAGAUUGUUAAUAUUGACAACCAAUCCAUCCAGAUUUGGCAAGGUACCGAUGGCGUAUUAGUUCUUGAUGUUCUCAGCAAUAACUCUGAUUCAAAGAGAAAUGAUGACAAAAAUAAUAGGGAUUACGAGACUAGAAAAUGGGAAGAGGAAAUGAGGAAAGAAUUAGCAAAUAAAAAUAAGGGGAAAAUAACGAAAAAGUUAACUAAAGAAGAGCAAGUCCUUGUGAAUGAGCAAUUGAACAAGGAAUCUAAUAUCCGUAAAGAAGUCCAAAUGUUAGUUAACGAUUUCCACCGCGGAAUCGAUAUUAUUAAUGACUUGGUUUCAAACGCAACUCAAGUUGAUAAUGGGUCAGCACAUUGGUAUCCAGUGGCUAUUGCUAAAGUCCUCAUCUUAACUGAGAGUAAAAUUAUUCCCCAAUUAUUGCACGAUUUACCAUUAAAAUCUUUUUUGCAUUUGGCAGAUUUGAUUUCAUCACGAUUAGGUUCAUUGAAAGGUUUCGUAGGUGUCGCUAUUUUAAGACUCAAUGGCGUUGUAGGAUUAGAAGAAAAUUUAGUAGAAGAACCUAUUUUAAGUUUGACUUCUAGAAUUCUAUUCAGAAUUAAAUUUCUCUCUGAUCAGAACCCAUUGGAUUCGUUAUCAUUAUCAUAUAUUUUGCCAUUGUUAACUAAAGUUCUCGAGAAUGGUAAGAUGGUGGCCAUGAAGAAUGCAACUAAACAAAAAGUCACGUCGGAAUUUGUCGAAGAAGAUCCAGAGGAAGAACAAUUAUUGUUAGCUAUUGAAAUAAUUUCUUCUCACGCAGAAGUUUUCGAAGAUGAUACAAUUCCUAGGCAAAAGAUUUUGGAAGUAAUAUUGUCGUUAAUGAGAUUGCCUUCAAAAGCUAAAUUAUCGAAAGAAUGCUUUUUAGCCAUGUGUCAACACAUUUCCGUUAGUAUUACUAAAAACGAUUUAAAAAUACUUUUUGACAAUGUCAUUUCGCCUGCAGUAUUUGUUAGAAAUGCAGUCUUGGAAGGUAUUGAUUCUGAAUUUGACUUAACAACAGAAAUGAAUUAUUCCAACGAAUUAUGGAUUGCUAUACAUGAUAAUGAUCCAAAUAGUGCUGAGCUUGCGAGAACAAUUUGGGAAGAUAACCAAUUCGAGCUUAGUCAAGAUGCACCAACUCAAUUGUUACAAUAUUCUGGCAAUAAGGAUUCCGGAUUACGUUUGUCUAUAGCGAAUGCGAUUUAUUCGUCUGUUUUGGAAUUGCUCGAUAGCAACAAGAAUAUUUUUGAAGAAACAUUGAACAAACUAAUUGAUCUUUAUCAUGUGAAAAAGAACCCACCACCACCUGCAUUAGAUAGGUUUGGUUUAGUUAUCAAGUCAUAUUCAGACCAAAGAGACACUUGGGAGGAAAGAUCAACGAUAGCGUUAACUAUAAAGCUAUUGAGUCCUUUCUUUGAAAAGCAUUCAAUCGAGAAAUUGUUCAGAUUUUUGGUGGAUGAAAAGGCUUUAGGUGAUAAAGAAGAUUUAGUACGCCAAGAAUUGCAAGAAGCUGGUGUUGAAGUUAUUAAGAAACAUGGAUUCACUAAUAUUGAAACUUUGAUACCAAUUUUUGAAGCUUGUCUAGCGGCAAAGGAUGAUGGCUCAAAAACACAAGAUAAUAUAAGGGAAUGUGUGAUUAUCUUAUAUGGUGCAUUAGCACGUCAUUUGGAUGAAUCGGAUUCGAGGUUGGAUUUGAUUGUUGAUAGAUUAAUCAAGACUCUAGAUACUCCAUCCGAAGACGUUCAGUAUGCUAUAUCUGAAUGUAUUGCUCCGUUGGUUGUUUCAUUCACUCCAAAAUUACAACAUUAUUUUGAUACUUUGUUUGAAAAGUUAUUUGAAGGCAAAAAUAUGGCUUCGAGACGUGGUGGGGCAUAUGGUAUUUCUGGUUUGGUGAAAGGUUCAGGUAUUAAGUCAUUAUCGACAUAUGAUAUUAUAAGAAACUUAACUGAUGCCGCCGAUGACAAGAAAAGCUCACAACGCCGUGAAGGUGUCUCAUUCGCGUUUGAAUGUUUAUCUCAAAGCUUGGGUAAAUUUUUUGAACCUUACGUGAUCGAAAUUUUGCCUAUUCUCUUGAAAUCCUUAGGAGAUCAAGUACCAGAGGUUCGUGAAGCGACUGAUUCAGCUGCAAAGCAAAUCAUGAAAAACACCACCAGCUUUGGUGUUAAAAAGUUAAUUCCUGUUGCGAUCUCUAACUUAGAUGAAAUCGCAUGGAGGUCUAAGAAAGGUUCAGUCGAAUUAUUAGGUUCCAUGGCUUAUUUGGAUCCUACACAAUUGUCAUCAUCAUUGUCUACAAUCGUACCUGAAAUUGUUGGUGUAUUAAAUGAUACUCAUAAAGAGGUGAGAAAGGCGGCUGACCAGGCUUUGAAGAGGUUCGGUGAAGUUAUUCGUAACCCCGAAAUUCAAGCCAUUGUACCAGAUUUAAUAAAUGCAAUUGGGGAUCCAACAAAAUAUACUGAAGCAGCAUUAGAUAAAUUAAUUCAGACUCAAUUUGUGCAUUAUAUCGAUGGCCCUUCUUUAGCUCUUAUUAUCCAUGUUAUUCAUAGAGGUAUGAAAGACAGAUCUGCGGCUACAAAGAGGAAAGCGUGUCAAAUUGUUGGUAACAUGGCAAUUUUAGUUGAUAGUAAAGACCUUCGCCCAUACUUGUCUGCUUUGGUCGGGGAAUUAGAAGUUGCUAUGGUUGAUCCAGUACCAGGCACAAGAUCAACUGCUGCUCGUGCAUUAGGUUCUUUAGUUGAAAAAUUAGGAGAAGAACAAUUCCCUGAUUUAAUUCCUCGUUUAUUAGAUACUUUGAGAGAUGAAACAAGGGCUGGUGAUAGACUUGGUUCUGCUCAAGCACUUUCAGAGGUUAUUUGUGGUCUUGGCAUUAACAAAUUGGAAGAGUUAUUGCCAGAUAUCUUAUCCUCAGCAUCUUCCCCUCGUAAUUACAUUCGUGCUGGUUUUAUGCCUUUGUUAUUAUUUUUGCCGGUCUGCUUCGGUUCCCAAUUUUCACCAUAUUUAAACCGUAUUAUUCCCCCAAUUUUAUCAGGAUUGGCUGACACAGAUGAAGAAAUCAGGGAUACUGCGUUGAGAGCUGGUAGAUUAAUUGUGAAGAAUUACGCGAAAAAGGCAGUUGAUUUAUUACUACCAGAGUUAGAAAUUGGGUUAUCAGACACGAAUUAUCGUAUCCGUCUUUCGUCUGUUGAACUUACCGGUGACUUGUUAUUCCAAGUUACAGGUAUUUCAGGCAAAAGUGAACUUACAGAAGAGGUAUCAGAAUUUUCCGGUGAAGUUAACAAGACUCUCAUCGAAGUUCUUGGUCAGGAUCGCCGUGACCGUAUUUUGUCAUUAUUAUUUGUAUGCCGUUCUGAUGUUGCAGGUAUUGUUCGUAGUGCCGCUGUCGAUAUUUGGAAAGCAUUGGUUGCAAAUACUCCAAGGACAGUGAAAGAAAUUUUGCCAACCUUAACCCAAAUAAUUGUUCGCCGUUUAGCAUCUUCAGAUGAAGAGCAACGUACGAUCGCAGCUCAGACUCUUGGUGAAAUGAUUCGUCGUGUUGGUGCGAACGCAUUGGCCCAAUUAUUGCCAACUUUGCAAUCAUCCUUGGUAUCUGGUGAUAACGAUGCGAAGCAAGGUAUUUGUAUCGCACUUUCUGAAUUAAUCAAAUCAACACAAUAUGAUGGUCUUGUUGAAUAUCAAGGUGUAUUUAUCAGUAUUAUUCGUGAUGCCCUUAUUGAUCCUGCUACUAAGGUCAGAGAGGCAGCCGCUGAAGCAUUUAAGGCUUUGCAAGAACAACUUGGUAAGGUUGUUAUUGAUGAAAUUUUGCCAUAUCUUUUGAACAUGUUAGAAUCUGAUAAUACAGAAAAUGCUUUGUUAGCUUUGAAAGAUAUAAUGGCGACAAAGGCAGAUGUUAUUUUCCCGAUAUUGAUACCGACUUUGUUAUCUCCUCCUAUCGACGCCUUUAAGGCAAGAGCACUUUCUUCGUUGGCUUCCGUUGCUGGUCAUGCAUUGUACAAGCGUUUGUCCCUUAUUAUUAAUACUUUAGUUACUGCUGUUCUUGAUUCCAAAAAUGAAUCAGAAGAAUCUCAAGAUGAAAUUAAGUCUGCAUUCGAUAAAAUAUUAUUAGCCAUAGACGAUGAUGAAGGAGUUCACCCAUUAAUGCAACAAUUAUUAUCUUUAGUUAAGCAUGAAGAUGCUGCUAAACGAGCGGUAAUCUAUGAACGUUUAGGUUCAUUUUUUACGCAUACUAACCUUGAUUAUACCGUUUACAUACAAGAUAUGGUAUCGCAGUUUAUCCUUUCAUUGGGUGACAGAUCUCCAGAAGUUGUAAAGGGUAGUUUUGAUGCAUUAUCUGCUUUAGUGAAAAGACAAAGUAAGGAAUCUCUUGAAAGACUCAUUAAACCUGCACGCCAAGCUUUAAGCAUUACAGGUGUUAGAGGUGAAGAAUUAGCUGCAUUUACAUUACCAAGAGGACCAAAUUGUAUAUUGCCAAUUUUCUCGCAUGGUUUGAUGUAUGGUAAUAGCGACCAAAGAGAAAUGUCUGCACAUGCUAUCGCCGAUAUUAUUGAUAAAACACCGGCAGCAAAUUUGAAACCAUUUGCUACCACUAUUACUGGUCCAUUAAUUCGUGUUAUUGGUGAACGUGUCUCAUCCGACAUUAAGGCCGGUAUCUUGUACGCGUUGACAAGCUUACUUUCCAAGAUUCCACAGUUUUUGCGUCCAUUUAUUCCUCAAUUGCAAAGAACAUUUGUGAGAUCCUUAUCAGAUCCACAAAAUGAUGCAUUACGGUCCAGAGCAGUUGUUGCUCUAGGUACAUUGAUAGAACAUCAACCCAGAGUGGAUUCCUUGGUUACUGAAUUGGUAACUGGUGCAAGAAAUGCUACCGAGCAAGGCGUUAAGACCGCUAUGUUGAAGGGUAUGUUAGAAGUUGUUAGCAAAGCUGGUGGAAAUAUGAAUGAAGCUUCAAAGACGUCUAUUUUGUCAUUAGUGGAGGAUGAGAUUACACUUGUUAGCGAUAAGUCAGCUGUUUCAUAUGCGAGAUUAAUUGGUUCGUUAUCACAAAUUUUGUCUACUGAAGAAGCUACAAGCAUCCUUAAAUCAAAAAUUUUGGAGAAGCAAAAUGAUGUUAGUGUUGAUAAUCACAAAUUUGCGAUAUUGUCUAUUAACUCCUUCUUAAAGGAUGCACCACACCACAUUUUCCAGACGGGAUUAUUAGACGAGAUUGUUACAUUUAUAAUCAAUUGUGCUAAUUCUUCAAACGAUUACAUCAGUGCUAAUGCGACUGUUGCCAUUGGUAAAUUAUGCUUAUUGUUGAACGAAACGAAGUCACCAGUCACCUCUAGCACAAUUGUAAAUGAUAAGCAGUUUGAGGUUGAUGACGAUAAUAUACACAAGUUAGUAGAGCAGUUGGCAACUAAUAUGGUUAAGCCGAAUUCGAAUUCUCCAGAUACGAGAAGAUUAUCAUUGGUAAUCGUAAGAACCAUUGCAAGAUUCAAGUAUCAAGAAUUGGUUAAACCGUUUUAUGAUCUUUUAGUUCCCUCUAUCUUUACUUGUGUUCGUGACACAAUUAUUCCAAUUAAAUUAGCAGCUGAAAAAGCAUACAUCGCAAUCUUCAAUUUGGUAGAUGAUGAACAAAUGAAUGAUUUUAACGAAUGGUUUAACAGCAAACAGUCCAAUAUCUCGGGAGUUUCUGGAAUCUCUAUUAUUCCAAGAUCAAUCGGUGAUUAUACAAAGAGGGUUGCUACCAGAUUAGCGGGUGUCGAAAGAGAAAGAAUAGAAGCAGGAGGUGACGAAGAAACUUUAUAUUCCGAUAGAAUCGAAGAUGAAAGUGAAGUUUGGGCCAUAGGCGGAGUAGAUUUAUCGAAGUAA